AGCCCGAGCAGUGUUACAGUUCUCAGAUCGCCUUCUCUCAACAAGCGGCUGGUUUGCACUGGGCCUCCCGGACUCUCUUUCAAAAAAUGGAGAAGCGGGAUCGCAGCUGCUGAAACGGGCCCAUGGGAGGUGUGAGGGCUGGCACGCGUGAUGGUGGGGCCCUGUGGUGGGGUGCUCAGCGCUGACUUCCCACUGGGCGGCCUGAUCCCCCGGAUGUGGUGAAGAUCCUAAUGUGUGAAAAAAUGAAGUCCCGGGCGACCAUGAUUUGCUGUUUAAUGUUAUUUCUGGCCACGGAGUGUUCUCACUCCAGAUCCAAGAUCCAAAUAAAAGAGGAAUAUAACCAUCAGCAUCCUGAAGAGAAAUCCAAGGCUGAAAGUAUACAAGAGAAAUGCCAUGGACAUUGUACUGCUUCUUCCAACUGCAGCCAGUCCUGUGCUCAGCACUUUCAUGGAGAAAUAGGAUUUACAUGUCAUCAGAACAAGUGGCAAAAAUCAACUGAAACCUGUACAAGCCUUUCCGUGGAAGCACUCUUUAAGGACUCAGAUAGUGCGUCACGCCUUUCUCUGGCAGCAGCAUCUAUACCUCUGCACAUUCCUGACUUUCAAGCUCUAGCCACCAUCGGGAGCGUCUCUCAAGGACUCCGCAAGCACUGCCCCGUUGAUUAUGCCUGCAUAGUCGAUGCUGUGGAAUCAUCAGAAGCCACAUCUGGAAAUAUCGCCUUUAUAGUGGAAUUAUUAAGAAAUAUUUCUACAGACUUGUCUGAUAAUGUUACUCAAGAGAAAAUGAAGAGCUACAGCAAAGUGGCCAGCCACAUUCUUGACCCAGCAGCCAUUUCAAACUGGACUUUCAUUCCAGACAAAAAUGCCAGCUCAGAUUUGUUACAGUCAGUGAAUUUGUUCGCUGGGCAACUCAGCAUCCAAAAUGAAUCAGAGAACAUUGUGGAUGAAUUCUUCAUUCAGACGAAAGGGUUUUGCAUCAACCACGAUACCUCAGAGAAGAGUUUCAGUUUCUCCAUGAGCAUGAACAAUGCAAGAGAAGGUGUCUUAGGAAUGAUAGAAAUUCCCAGGCAUGAGCUGCAGAAGUUGCCACCAAAUGCAUCCCAAGCCAUCAGCGUAGCUUUUCCCACCUUGGGGGCAGUUCUGAAAGAAGCCCACUUGGAGAAUGUGAGUCUUCCCAGGCCAGUAAAUGGUCUGAUUCUUUCCGUGAUUUUGCCAGACAGAUUGAAGCAGAUCUUACUCACCUUUGAGAAGAUCAACAGAUCCCAGAAUUCCAGGGCCCAGUGCGUUGGCUGGCACUCCAGAAAAAGGAGGUGGGAUGAGAAUGUGUGUGAAACGAUGUUGGAAAUCACGGACAAAGUGAAAUGCCGGUGUAACUACACUAGUGUGAUGAUGUCUUUUUCCAUUCUGAUGUCCCCCAAAUCUAUAGACAGUAAAGUCCUGGACUAUAUCACCUACAUUGGGCUCAGCAUCUCCGUCCUUAGCUUGAUUCUUUGCCUGCUCAUUGAAGCCACUGUGUGGUCCCGGGUGGCUGUGACAGAGAUAUCAUACAUGCGUCAUGUGUGCAUCGUGAACAUCGCUGUAUCACUCUUGACGGCUAAUGUGUGGUUCAUCAUAGCCUCUAACUUUAACAAGAAGGCUCUGGAUGACCACUGGUGUGUUGCAGUGACAUUUUUCAGCCACUUUUUCUACCUCUCUGUGUUCUUCUGGAUGCUCUUCAAAGCACUGCUCAUUGUUUAUGGAAUAUUGGUCAUUUUCCGGAGGAUAAUGAAGUCCCGCAUGAUUGCCAUUGGCUUUGCCAUUGGCUAUGGGUGCCCGCUGGUCAUUGCUGUCACCACAGUUGCUGUCACAGUGCCAAAGAAAGGCUACAUGAGACCUGAUGCCUGUUGGCUUAACUGGGACAAUACCAAGGCACUCUUAGCCUUUGCCAUCCCAGCCUUGGUCACUGUGGCUGUGAACCUUACCGUAAUUGUUGUCGUUGCUCUCAACACUCAGAGGCCCUCGAUUGGCAGUUCCAAGUCUCAGGAUGUAGCCGUAAUGAUGAGGAUCAGCAAAAAUGUUGCCAUCCUCACCCCACUGCUGGGACUGACCUGGGGUUUUGGAAUAGCCACCCUCAUAGAAGGCACUUCCCUGAUUUUUCACAUCAUCUUUGCCUUGCUUAACGCUUUCCAGGGGUUCUUCAUCUUGUUGUUCGGAAUCAUUAUGGAUCACAAGAUAAGAGAUGCUUUGAGGGUGAGGAUGACUUCAUUGAAGGGGAGAUCAAGGGCAGCAGAGGUAAGCCUCUCCCUUUCAGUCUCAAUACUGGAGGGGCGGCAUCUUCAGCAGAGUUAUGAAGAAAACAUUACAGCUUAGUAUUCAGGAUUUGUUAGCAAAGAGAAUCAUUAGGGCAUACCUUCAGUCCUUCAUUUCUUCAUCCAACAAAUGUGGAGUAUCCCACUAAAGUUUAAGGACAGUAGAAUAUAUCCCAAGAGAAUUUUCCACAUUGGAUGUCUUUCAACUUCACAGGUAGACCAUUGAGAUGGGACAACAUGAGCCCACGAACAUAGAUUCAUAAAAAAUGUGAGAACUGAGAAAUGAGAGAUGACUUAGAUAUGAGAUUCGAGUUCAACCUUGUCAUUUUAUAGGCAAGGAAACCAAGGCCCACAGUACUGAAGAGCUUUGCCUAGAGCCACCCAGCGAAUCAUGAGCACUAGCCUUCUCCUUGCCCAGGGCUCCUCAGUAAACCACACUCCUUGGAUUGAAGUAUCUGUCCAGUAGUCUCCCCUCAUCCCCAGUUCUGCUUUCUGUGGUCAACCGCAGCCCAGAAGCAGAUGAUCCUUUUUGUGGCUUCUGGUCAGAAGGUCAACAGUAGCCUACCCCUAUGUCGCAAUGCCCACCACAAUCCCCUCACUUCAUCUCCCCAUGUAGGCGUUUUGUUACCUCAUGUCAUCCCAGAAGAAGGGUGAGUACAGCACAAGAAGAUAUUUUGAGGGAGAGAGACCACAUUCCCAUAACUCUUGCAAUAAUAUAUUAUUACAAUUGUUUUCUAUUAUUAUUUUGUCAAGUUCUUCUGUGCCUAAUUUACUAUCAAGUAUAUAUAUAGGAAAAAUAAUGUAUAUAGGGUUCAGUACUAUCUGCAGCUUCACACAUCCAACUGGGGAUCUUGGAAUGUAUCCCUCAUGCAUAAAGGGGGAUGACUAUUCUUAUUGAUCUUGAAGAUGACUUUUGACCAAACUAUUAGUACUUUAAGGUCCCAAUUAAAAUUGCCACCAUUGCUACAUUAAUUAGAAAGAAGUUAUUUACCAAACCAACAGUUUCUCAGUAUAAUUCUUUUAAAAAUAAACAGAAACUUUGUGGACAUUUUGAAAGUCAGCAUUAUAGUUAGCUAGUAUUGAUCAUGACUUUUAGUACCAUAGGUCAUCGAUUUGAAGAUAGGCAUUUUCUUCACUUUUUAACAUUUCUGAAAUUGGAAUACAUCUUAUGAUCAAUGGCAUGUCAUGGUUUAAUUGGCAAAUUGUGUUUUUUUUUUGUUUUUUUUUUGUUAGUGGAACAUAAAAAUAACAAUGUAGCUUCCCAUGUCAGAUUCAGUGAAAUACAUUAAUUUAAUUCUGGGUAGCUGUGUCAACUUGGGUACUACUCUUCAUGUUUCCAUUUUCACAUGUUUAUCUCUAGGCAGGCAUAUUCAUAAAUAUAAAUAUGUGUGCAUUUUUGUUAAUCCGCUACUCGCUGACAUCACUGUUAUCUUCCCUCGCCACCACCCCACUUAGAAUGCUUCGUUAAAACCAAACAACGGAUCUAAGUUAACGCAUCGUGGAGGAUGACACGUGAGUAUUAAAA